AUGAAGGCUUUCUUGGCUCUAUUCGCGUUGAUCGUCGUUGUCGCCGGACAAGGACAGGGACGACCACCAUUCUUCGGUGGUGGUCGGCGAAGCAGUGAGGAUAGCCGAGAUUCUCGUGAAAUUUUCCCAAGAAAUAAUUUCCAGAUCAACUUCAACGGAAUCGGACAAAUUCGCGGAUUUGCGUGCUCCACAGCCGCCUCGUUCACCACUAGCAUCGACGGAACCACCACCACCGCUCGUUGUACUGAUAACGGAGCUGAUCCAAGUGUCAGAUGUCCCGGAUGCUGUAGAUCGGUGGCUCUGGCCGCCGGACGCUCCGCGGACAACGCCGCCGGCUUCCCAUCGACCAACGGCCGAAGUUGCGUUUGCUGCAUUCGUUAA